AUGUCAGAGCAACACGACAGCCAGACCAAAGCUCGGAGGUAAGAUUUUUAACCUUCCCAUGGCAACACGGCAGACCUUCCCAGCUACAGCUGGACCUGACCCUCUGAUUGAUAUUUCUAUCAUAAUCUCUAUAAUCAACAAUCAUCUGCAAAACACAGCAACUCUCUGUGGUUCUUUGUAUGACCCUGCUAGACCUGGACCUGCUCCAAGCAGUGUGUCUUUCAAGUUUGACCCAUCCAAGGGAGGAUUGAUGAAAUGCAAAGAUGAGCAGAGGGAUGUCCACCUAAAGUAAUAAUUGUUCAUACUGUUCUUAUCCAAAUAAAAAAAGUUAAAAAAAAAAAAAAAGUCUUAAUAAAUUCAAGCAGUCCAUAAGUUUUUUUUUUCCAUUGUUGAUGUUGAUCUGUAAUUGUCUAAUAUUCCCUUAGUGUCAAAAGUAAGAAACUGGAUUCUUCUGGAUCUGCUUCAAGCUCUGUGUCUUUGAGCAGCGAUAAAUCCAAGGGGGGGCAGAUAGACUUUAAAGGUGGACAGCAGUGAGUACAUCAAAGUUAUUAUUCUUCACACAGUUUAUAUUAAUUUAAAAAGGUAAAUAGGUUUUCAUGAGGCAAUUUCCAGUGUUAACUUUUAUCUGUUAUUCUUUUAAAUUUCUCAGUGUCCAAAGUAAGAGACAAGAUUCUUCUGGAUCUGCUCCAAGCUCUGCGUCUUUGAAGGGCGAUAAAUCCAAGGGGGGCCAGAUAGACUUUAAAGGUGGACAGCAGUGAGUACAUCAAAGUUAUAAUUCUUCUCACGGUUUUUAUUCAAAUUAUAAAAAGGUUAAUAAGUUUUUAUGAGGCGAUUUCCAAUGUUGACUUUUAUCUGUCAUUCCUCUUAAUUUCUCAGUGUCAAAAGUAAGAGACUGGAUUCUUCUGGAUCUGCUUCAAGCUCUGUGUCUUUGAAGAGCGAUAUAUCCAAGGGGGGCCUGAUAGACUUUAAAGAUGGACAGCAGUCUUUUGAUCAAAAGUAAUGUCUUAUCACUUUUUUUUUUACCAGAUUUAAAAAAACAUUGAAAAAAAUUGUAUGAAUUCCAAAAGUCUGACCCUGUAUGAUUUCCUACUUUUAGUUAUUCAUCACUGUUUUCAAUUGUCCCACCAUUAGACCUGCAGGACUGGAUUCUUCUGGCUCUGAAUCCUUAUCUAUAUGUGAGAAUUUCAGGGAUGACAGGUCCAUGGGUAAACCUUAUUAUUUUAAAGGUGGACAGAUUUAUGAUCAUCCAAGGUACUUCAACUCGAAUGUAUUAGAAAUGCAUUUUAAAUUUGCACAUGUAAUAAUGAGUGCCAUUAAAUUCUAUGUAAAGUACGUAAUAUAACUUUUGUUCCACAGAGUUCCAAGUUCCAAGGUUUCUAUUGGUCAGUCUGCCCAGAAGCAUCAAAAACAUCUGGACUCCAUAUUUAUGGUACGUAAAUGUACAAACAAAGCUGACAAUCAGGGCAGACAAUAACUAUGUGGGAUUGGAUAUGUCUUAAAACUCCAGCAAUUCCUAUGGAGCUGUGGACAAACUUUAGAAAUUCAUUACACAGAAUAUAAAAUUUUCUCCCCCCUGCUUGCAAUGUUGACAUGUAUUUACAGUAAGACUGGUUUGUGCUUAAGUCCUCUUUUUUCUGUACAGCACCAUUUUUAAAAGUUAUUAGGGGGUUCAUGUUUUCUAUGAUUGACACUUGAUACAGCCUAUGGGCGUACGAAGAUUGCGUAGCUCACCCGGGGGAUACGCUGUUUGAGCCGAGCGUCAUCACAGCGACACUCCCGCCGAAUGCGUACAAUGCUACUGCGCAAGUGGUGGAGUGCGUACAACUCUACUGCACAAUGUUGGUUUCAGGAAGUGGAGAAAAAAACCCAGAAAUACCGAGAGCUUUUUGACUUCAAGUCCGUAUACUGGUGGAAGGCGGAACCAAGUUGUGCAUAGUAAAUACAAUCUAUGGUUUUGACUUUUCUUUUUCUUAUAAAAGUACCACAGUGGCUCUGCUCCAUACCCUGACUUUUGCCAAACACGGACAUGUAUCAAUCAUAGACUUGCGCUAAGAUGCAAGGGUCCAUUACAUGUUGCUUGUUUCUUCAAUGCUUGCAGCUUUAAUAAAGCCUUAUAAUUCUUACAUGUAAAGAGUCAGAGGUCACAGUGAAUAAUAAAUUUGCAUGGAUAGAAUGUUUGUAAGCAGUAAGCCAAAUUUAAGAGCUGAGUCCAAUUUGAAGACACACUCUAAUGUUUUCAGAUUCAUGCCAAUAAACACAUCAUGUCCAUACUAGAGUAUUUCUCCAUUACAAAGUCAAGGACAACACACAAUGUUCUCAGACCACAGUUGUGAUCCAGUUUCUAUACGGCACACUUCAGACCAGCCGGCUUUCUGUCUGUCUCAGAUGGUCUGAUGUUCAGUAAAGGAACUUUAAGUUCACAUUUUGUUCUGUUCCAGAAACUGGAGGAGAACAUCACCAGUUUUGUGAAGAAGGAGCUGAAGAAGAUCCGGAGAGCUCUGAGUUCAGAUCACCCAGAAUUCGUAGACAGUCAGAAAGAGGAUGAAGAUAAGGAACAGAGGAAGAGUAGAGAGGCUUUUCUGAAGAUCACCCAGCACUUCCUGAGGAAGAUGAAGCAAGAGGAGCUGGCUGACUGUCUGCAGAGCAGUAAGAGGGUUUGA